ACUGCGUAAUUACGGCGAGUUUUCUUUACCAUUGACACAACUUAAACAAUCCGAGUCGCAUUUCGAGAUACUUCGCUUUUAACGAAAUAUCUGCAAUCGAUCUAAUUAAGGAUGUUUUACACCUGUGGUCCCAAUGAGGCGAUGGUGGUUUCAGGAUGUGGCCGCGCUCCUCCUCUCAUGAUUGCUGGUGGAAGAGUGUUUGUUAUUCCUUGCAUUCAGCAAAUCCAGAGGAUCACUCUCAAUACUCUGACUCUGAAUGUGAAGAGUGACAAGGUCUACACCAGACACGGUGUCCCAAUCUCAGUGACUGGCAUUGCCCAGGUGAAGAUCCAGGGUCAGAAUAAAGAAAUGCUGGCCGCCGCUUGUCAGAUGUUCAUGGGCAAGUCCGAGGGUGAGAUUGCUAAUAUUGCCCUGGAGACCCUUGAGGGACAUCAGAGAGCCAUUAUCGCCCACCUGACUGUGGAGGAGAUCUACCAGGACCGUAAAAAGUUCUCAGAGCAGGUCUUUAAGGUGGCUUCCUCUGACCUGGUCAACAUGGGGAUUGGUGUUGUCAGUUACACACUCAAAGAUGUGCAUGACGAUCAGGAUUAUCUAAGCUCUCUGGGUAAAGCUCGUACUGCUCAAGUGCAAAGAGACGCUCGUAUCGGUGAAGCUCAGUUCAAGAGAGAUGCCGUCAUCAGGGAAGCUCACGCCAUGCAGGAAAAGGUCUCUGCUCAGUAUAAGAAUGAGAUCGAGAUGGCUAAGGCUCAGAGAGACUUUGAGCUGAAGAAAGCUGCCUAUGAUGUUGAGGUCAACACCAAGAAGGCCGAGUCUGAAAUGGCCUAUCAACUUCAGGUGGCUAAGACCAAGCAGCGUAUUGAGGAGGAGAAGAUGCAGGUUCAGGUUGUGGAGCGAACGCAGCAGAUCAUGCUUCAGGAGCAGGAGAUCACCCGCAGAGAGAAGGAACUGGAGGCCAAGAUCCGCAAACCAGCCGAGGCUGAGAGAUACCGCAUUGAGAAGCUCGCCGAAGCAGAACGGCUUCAGUUGAUCAUGGAGGCGGAAGCUGAGGCAGAGUCCAUAAGAAUGAAGGGAGAGGCCGAGGCCUUUGCACUGGAGGCGAAGGGUCGGGCUGAAGCUGAACAGAUGGCUAAGAAGGCAGAAGCCUUUAAAGGGUACAAAGAAGGAGCCAUGGUGGACAUGCUGCUGGAGAAACUGCCACUGAUGGCAGAGGAGAUCAGCAAGCCGCUCUGUGCCGCCCAGAAGGUCACCAUGGUGUCGAGUGGUGGGUCAGAAGUGGGUGCUGCCAAGCUGACAGGAGAAGUUCUGGAUAUCAUGACUCGCCUGCCAGGCGCUGUGGAGAAACUGACUGGAGUCAAUAUCUCACAGGCUGGUUUAACCCGCAUGGGUUAAUGAAGAUGAUGAUGAAGGAAGCGGCUCUGAUCCUGCAUCUCCGCUCCUCUCGUCUGUUAGCAUGUUUGCAUGCCUGUUCUCCUACUGAAGCUGGAACAUUUGAGGUCAUGCUUUGCUUUUAUAUUCCACCAGUUACCUUCAGUUUUUAUAUUGUGUUUUGUGAAUUGCAUUAUUUUGUCAUACAGUAGUAUAAUGAUCCUUUAUAUCACAGGUGUCACAUCCAGUUUGCGGAGGGCCACAGCUCUGCACAGUUUAUUUCCACCCCUAAUUAAACACACUUGAUAAAACGAAUUGAGUCCUUCAGUUUUGUUAAGAGACCGGCAGGUAAUUUUGUGAAAGCGGGGUUGGAACUAAACUGUGCAGAGCUGCAGCCCGUCAGGAACUGGAUUUAACCCCUGUACUUUAUAUGAAGUUAGGUGAACUACAUUGAAUAUUCAGGGAAGCAGGGCUGCAUUUUUCCUUUCCUUUUGAAAGUUUUCUGUAUUUCUAACUGUUAGAGCCACACAGGCCUGUUGAGUCCGGUUCAGUUUUUCUCCAAACCAAAGCGCGUUUCAGACAAAUGCAGAUAUAUAGAUUUAUAUUCACCUCAAGUGCAUUACUGAAGUCAUACUCAUGUUUAACUUGCAUAUCUUAAUAAACUGCAAUGUGUUUAUGUGUUCUUGCCAUUUUAAAACGGAAAAGUUUGCUUAAGGUGUCUUUUUAAAAUAUGGCACAAUAACUCGUGAUCCUACAGUCUGUGAAGGAUUUUCCUGACACUACAGGUAAAAGAGAACUCGCUGAUGUUGGACUAUAUUGAAUUUGUAUUAUUUUUUUAAAUGGGCCAGUGUGUUUCAGCAAAGUUUAGUAAGUAGGGGUGGAUUGAGAAGUUUGUUACCAAUGGAAAAGGAUGUGACAAUAGGUUUGGUUUUGAACACGGCCCACAAAAACUGGUAAAGAGUGAAGGUGGUUUUAUUUCUCACUUCUUUUGUUGCAAAAAUGCAUUUAGUCUUUUACCGUGUUAGAUGUUAGUUUGUUUUUACCAUGCUGCUGUUUACUUCACACUAAAAUCUAAUUAACGUUAACAGGUAAACCAAUAGUUCUUCAGUUAAAAGUGUUUUACUUCCUCAUAGACUGACACUGAGUUCGGCCUGCUUUUUUCUUUCUCUCUCGUGUUUCAGUAACUGCGGCAUGUCAUGUGAAACUUCCUUGCCUUAAUGACUAAUUACCUUCAGCACUCUGCCGUCAGUUUGCUUUUACUACAGUAAAUCCUCUUUUGCUGUCGUUUUUUACUCAACAGAUUAACUCCGUAUUGCCUUACUGUAUGUUCAUUGGUGAUGUAGAUGUUUUCACCUUAAACUGUAGAUCUCUAUAUCAAGACUGAAUGUAGAUUCAUAUAUGUGAUUCUAUAAGUAUGUACCCUUUAAUAUGAACAAUAAACUGUUAGCGUCUGCUGUACAUUAAAA